GUGACGUGUGACAACGUGCGGCCGCCCCAUGACGCGCACUUUGUUGAUACUGCACGGCAGUGCGGCGCUGUUGAGUGUGCGCUUGUGCAGUGAAGACCUCAAUUAUUGUUUGUGUUUGCUUGUGGAAAGUGUUGUUUGGUGGGUGUGCUACAUUACUAGGAGAACUAGGGAGGGCGAGGUCAAAUAAAGGCAUCUUGGCUUAAGCUUUAUUUUUUUUUAAUGUACUACAGUGAAGUUCAAACUCGUGUCCGAUCGCUGCCAUCAGACGAUAAUAAGGAAAUUCACUAUCCUGGCUGCAGGCUCAUUCCAGUGAUUCUCCACGGGACAGAAACAAAGGCUGAGCCAUUGAAUCGCUUUGUUCCCUUGAAUCCACCAGGAUUUUUUUUUUUUUUUUUUGUGCAGUCUUGUUUGUAUUCUGUAAUUUGAGUUUGACAGGACAUCUGAAAUUUGCACUAACAAGAACUUUGGAUUGCGUUCAGAAAAAUACACUGCGUAAUGAGAUUUAAUAUACUUGGAGCGUUUUAAGAUAUUGUUUUUAGAAAUAUGUGUUUUUUAUUUUUAUUUUUUUUAAUUAAUUAAUUGAUCGUUAUUGCGGAUUUAUCUUGCGCUCUGUGCUGUCAAAUGUGAUUGGUCGUUUUUUUAACAAUAACAAUACCAAGGUGAUGUUUCAUUCGUCUUUGAUUGUGUAUGACUAUAAAUAUCAUCUGUAAUCUUUUGUACUGCCGCCGUUACGGUCAUAAUCUGGACGGAUCGGAUGUUUUCGUUUUGGAUUUGAAGCGUUUGUAAUAUAAAAUACCUGUGACGAUGUGGGUUAAUCCUGACGAAGUGCUGUUGGCCAACGCUCUCUGGAUCAUCGAGAGAGCCAAUCCCUACUUCAUAUUGCAGAGGAGAAAGGGACGUGGAGGAGGGCUCGCUGGGUUGCUGGUGGGAACCCUUGAUGUUGUCUUGGACUCCAGUGCCAGAGUUGCUCCCUACAGAAUCCUGUACCAAACUCCCGACUCCCUUAUAUACUGGACAAUUGCCUGCGGCGGCUCUUGGAAGGAGAUUAUAGAACACUGGGAAUGGCUGGAACAGAACCUGCUGCAGACUCUGUCUAUCUUUGAGAACGAGAAUGACAUCACUACAUUUGUUAAAGGAAAAGUUCAGGGUAUCAUAGCAGAGUACAAUAAGAACCAUGAUAUCAAGGAGGAUGAUGACACUGAGAAGUUCAAGGAAGCCAUCGCGAAGUUCUGCAAGCUGUUUGGGAUGCCGGAGGAGGAGAAGCUGGUCAACUACUACUCGUGCAGCUACUGGAAAGGCAAGGUGCCGCGGCAGGGCUGGGUCUACCUCAGCAUCAACCACCUGAGCUUCCACUCCUUCCUGCUGGGGAAAGAAGCAAAAUUAGUGAUCCGGUGGACAGACAUCACGCAAUUGGAGAAAAAUGCCACCCUGCUCCUACCUGAAAUCAUUAAAGUCAGCACUAGGUCCAGUGAGCACAUAUUCUCCGUCUUCCUCAACAUUAACGAGACCUUCAAAUUGAUGGAGCAGCUGGCCAACAUUGCUAUGAGACAGUUGCUCGACAACGAGGGCUUUGAACAGGACAGGUCUCUGCCUAAACUGAAGAAGAAAUCUCCCAAGAAGGUGUCUAUACUCAAAAGGGACCUUGACGCAAGAGCCAAGAGUGAGCGGUACAAGGCCCUGUUCCGACUGCCCAAAGACGAGAAGCUUGAUGGGCACACAGGCUGCACCCUUUGGACCCCCUUCAACAAAAUGCACAUUCUGGGCCAAAUGUUUGUCUCGACUAAUUACAUCUGCUUCACUAGCAAAGAGGAGGCCCUGUGCAGCCUCAUCAUUCCGCUCAGAGAGGUGACAAUAGUGGAGAAGGCUGACAGUUCAAAUGUGUUGCCCAGUCCUUUGUCCAUCAGCACCAAAAACAGAAUGACAUUCCUCUUCGCCAACCUCAAAGACCGGGAUUUCCUUGUCCAGAGGAUUUCCGACUUCCUGCAACAAACCACCUCGAAGAUCUGUUUUGAGAGGGAACUUACCGGGAGCUACAACAGUUCAGAUGAUGAGGUGUAUUCAAGGCAGAGUAGCCUCCUUUCCUCCAGCCCUCAGCGGAGUCUGGGCUCAGAGACCGAUGGGGAGCGCCAGUUCAACCUGAACGACAACAGCGUCCCGACGGCGACGCAGGCACUGAUGACAAUGUACCGCAGAAAAUCACCUGAAGAAUUUAACCCCAAAUUGGCAAAAGAGUUUUUGAAAGAACAGGCCUGGAAGAACCAUUUUGCAGAGUAUGGCCAGGGUGUUUGCAUGUAUCGGACAGAGAAGACCAAAGAGCUUGUACUGAAAGGCAUUCCGGAGAACAUGAGGGGAGAUCUUUGGCUUCUCUUCUCGGGUGCUAUCAAUGAGAUGGCCACCCACCCUGGUUAUUACGAAGAUCUGGUAGAGAAGUCCAUGGGAAAGUAUAACCUGGCCACCGAGGAGAUAGAGAGGGACCUGCACCGCUCGCUUCCUGAGCACCCCGCCUUCCAGAACGAAAUGGGGAUCUCUGCCUUGAGACGGGUGCUAACAGCGUACGCUUUCAGGAACCCUAACAUUGGAUAUUGUCAGGCCAUGAAUAUCGUGACUUCUGUGCUGCUGCUGUAUGCAAAAGAGGAGGAGGCUUUCUGGCUGCUUGUGGCUCUUUGUGAAAGAAUGCUGCCAGACUACUACAACACAAGGGUUGUUGGCGCGCUGGUGGAUCAGGGUGUGUUUGAGGAGCUGGCCCACGAGUAUGUGCCCCAGCUGUACGACUGCAUGCAGGACCUGGGCGUGAUCUCCACCAUCUCCCUGUCCUGGUUCCUCACAAUGUUCCUCAGCGUCAUGCCCUUCGAGAGUGCCGUGGUGGUGGUGGAUUGCUUCUUCUACGAGGGGAUCAAAGUCAUCUUCCAGUUGGCCCUCGCCGUGCUCGACUCCAACAUAGACAAGCUGCUUAACUGCAAGGACGAUGGGGAGGCCAUGACUGUUUUGGGAAGGUAUUUGGACAGUGUGACCAACAAGGACAGCACAUUGCCGCCGAUCCCUCACCUGCACUCUCUUCUUACUGACGAUGGGGAGCCACACCCUGAGGUUGACAUCUUCAAGCUUGUGAGGAGUUCAUACGAGAAAUUCGGGACCAUCAGGGCAGUUGUCAUUGAACAAAUGCGGUUUAAACAGAGGCUGCGGGUGAUCCAGACAAUUGAAGACACCACAAAACGCAGCGUGGUACGAACUAUUGUGACUGAAACAGCAUUUAGUAUCGAUGAGCUUGAAGAACUGUAUGUCCUCUUCAAGGCUGAACACCUGACAAGCUGCUACUGGGGUGGGAACAGCAAUCCUACAGACAGACACGACCCCAGCCUGCCCUACCUGGAGCAGUACCGCAUUGACUUGGAGCAGUUUAAGGGUCUUUUCAGACUGCUCUUCCCAUGGGCCUGUGGGGUGCACUCCAACUCGCUCGCAGUACGCUUCUUCAGACUGCUGGACCAGAACGGCGACUCCUUCAUCAACUUCAGAGAGUUUGUCACUGGUUUAAGUGUGUUGUGUCACGGAGAUCUGACUGAAAAAAUAAAACUGUUGUAUGAAAUGCACAUACUGGCUGAGCCAGCCGCUGAACAUGGGGAACCUGAUUCCGCUUUUGAAGCUACUCAGUAUUUCUUUGAAGAUCUCACACCAGAGACUUCACAAGGAUUUGAUUCCAGAUCUAAGAAUGAUAAAGAUGAUGGUUUUGUAACCGUCACCUUCAAAACAGAGAAAGUUAAGAAGACACUACCAGACUACCGGACUUACAUAAAAUUAUGGAAUCAAGAGGCUAAGUCCAAAACAGAAAAUACGAAGGAGCUGCCUAAACUAAACCAGGAGCAGUUUAUUGAACUGUGCAAGACCCUUUACAACAUGUUCAGGGAGGACCCCAAUGAGCAGGAGCUGUAUCAUGCCACUGCCACUGUCACCAGCCUGCUGCUGGAGAUCGGCGAGGUGGGCAAACUGUUCUGCAUCCCUGUAGACAAGGAAGACCCCCUGCUGUGCUCGGCUAAAGAGAACCCUCACAACCAGCAGACCAAGCAGAGAGACGCCUUCAUUCCUGGCGAGCAUAGAGACAACUUCAAUCCUGGCGAGCAGAGAGACAACUUCAAUCCUGUUGAGCAGAGAGACGCCUUCGUCCCUGUCGAGCAGAGAGACGCCUUCGUCCCUGUCGAGCAGAGAGACGCCUUCGUCCCUGGCGAGCAGAGAGACGCCUUCGUCCCUGGCGAGCAGAGAGACGCCUUCGUCCCUGGCGAGCAGAGAGACGCCUUCGUCCCUGGCGAGCAGAGAGACGCCUUCGUCCCUGGCGAGCAGAGAGACGCCUUCGUCCCUGGCGAGCAGAGAGACGCCUUCGUCCCUGGCGAGCAGAGAGACGCCUUCGUCCCUGGCGAGCAGAGAGACGCCUUCAUGGAAUCGAAGCUUUGCAGUGGCGGUGAGCAGCCUCUGUGCUCCCAGAUGGAGGACAUUAAACUCGAGGACUCAUCCCCGAAGGACAACGGCAUGUCUUCAGCCAUGCUUAUCUCAGACGACGAGACCAAGGACGAUACCUCCAUGUCCUCUUACUCGGUGCUGAGUGCCGGCUCUCAUGACCUGGAAGAGAAGCUGCAGUGCGAGGAGAUUGCUGACGACACUGUGCUGGUGCGCAGCGGCCACGGCAGCUCCCUGCCCCACAGCACUAGCAUCGACAAGGACUGGGCCAUCACCUUCGAGCAGUUUCUAGCCUCCCUGCUGACGGAGCAAGCCUUAGUCCUUUACUUUGAGAAACCUGUGGCCAUCAUGACUCGGAUCACCAACGCCAAGAACAUUCGGAAAGUUGGGAAGCAGGUCUCGUCCACUAGCGAGUAUGAGAUCUCCACCCUCUCUGGAUAAAAGAUAACCGUAUGCUUGGUAAAAGGAAAUAACCUUCCUUUUUUAAACAGAUGUGAAUAUGACACAAAUGCAGAUACAGGCACUGGUGUUUUCCUGUAAGUGGGUGUUGUGUUUCACCUGCUGUAAGACAACUGCAAGCCUGGAUGUUGGUUAAUGUAUUGAAAGUGAUUAACUGUUUUAUUUAUAUGCUAAGUAGAUUUAAAAAAAAAAAAGUUUGACACUGUAUUUUAUUAAGUGGGGGAAAAAGUUGUAUUAUCUGACUGUUAACAAAUAUUUAUCCAAUCUUAAGAAAUGCUAUUUCCCAGGUAGAGGGUUUGUAGCAGAGUAGUGUUGCGGUCAAGGCUGGUCAGCCGCAGGAAGCAAACCCAGAGACAGAAGCUGCAGUUUUAAAGCACUGUUGCGUACUUUUAUUAAAUAAAACAGAAUAGACAAAACAAAGAAACACAGCACGAGGGCCAAAAUAAAAUGUUCAAACAAAAUAACACUGAACACAAACAUUGCUGUCAGGCUGGGCACUUGCCUUCACUGAACAGUAGAGAAAGCACAGUUCACAAAUUCACCCUACACUCCUCCACCAAACAAAGGAUUUAUCCUUGCUUUUAUACCAUGUGGCUGGGUCUUUAUUGGUGAUCAUUUAUUCAGUCACGACACAACCACAUUCCACAUGUGUAUUCGGCAUGAAUGGAAUUAACCCCAUCCCUGCCAAACCAAAUACCCCCCCCCCCCGCCACAGGGUUAAUGUUUAUCUUUUGAGAGAAGGAAAUGCCAUCAGUUGAAAAUCGUUAUACAUCUAUACCGUACUAUACAAAAUCAGCUUGCUGUACUUUAUAUGGAAUAAUGUACAUUACUAAUAACCUCUUAGAUCAUGUAAGGCAAUGCAUUCUUAUGUAGUGAUCUACACCUGUUCUCCUAUUAGAAGCAGAUUAAGCCUAACAUUGUAUGUUCAGGACUGUAUCCAAUCUGAAUUGUACUUCUGUGUUUUAACUACAUACUGUACCCGAUAUGUCACUUUAUAUAGCUUUACUAUAUUAGCAGGCUACUGAAAUUAUGCUGCUGAAUUGACUCCUGGAGCACCUGCACUUUGAUUCACUGAUUACUUUGUUUUCAGAACAUAUGUUUAUGUUCUUGGGGGUUUUAUUAAGUCCACACUGGGACUGUUUUUCUGCUUUUUAUUACAGAAUCAUUCCUGAUAUUUGAAUACUGUACACCCACAAAAAACAGCUGAUCUCAUUAAUGAUUGUUAUUAUUUAUGCUGUUGUUGUUUUUAUGUUGUUGCUGUAGAACUAAAGCUGCAGUGUUUUUAUUUUUUAAAAGUUAUGUUCAUGGUGAAGCCACAAAAAUAUGAAUAUUGAAUAAACAGCUCCCAAAUCCA